UUUUAUUGACGCUUUUCAAUUUCAAGUUUUCGCGAUGGUUUAUCACGAGCUUUUAGCACUUUUCCCUUCAACUUUUAGCUUUUUAAAAGUUUCCAGUAAUUUGUAACCAUUCGAGUAUCAUUCAUCGAACCAUUUAAAAAAACACCUAGUUUUAAUCUUCACAUCUCGAUGAUUCUCGUAUGAUUAUCAAUAGUGAAUAAUCGCUGAUUGAUAAAUCCGGCCAACUUCGCAAUUUGAACAAAAAUUCUAUUCUAGAUCGUAUUCCGGUUAAAUAAAAUACAUUUAGCAUGCCGAAGAUCAACUCGUUAAGAUGGCAGAGUAUCCAGAAUUACUAUUUUUCGAUACUUUCUCGCAUGGAAGCACACAGGAAUUGAAUUUAGAUCUGGUUCAGUUCACGAAUCCGGUGUAUGUGACCGAAAUCAGAAUCAUACCUCUUGGAGCUCGAGUCCAAGCUGAUUUCCCUGGCGGUGUAAGAUUAGGAGCUACUAAUCCGUCCGAGUUUUCUAUCGAAUUUUUCGUUAACGAUUUAAGCACUCCGGGCGCAACAUUUCAGAAUAUCGGUAUUUUAGAAUACAAUCAGAACGGACCGAUUCAUCAUGUUUGCGAAAAUAAACAAAUACCGACUGAUGGUUUGAUAUUACGUGGAUGGUAUACGACGGUUACGUUAGCGGUGUACGGUUUUAUCACGAAAACUAGACCGACUCAAUUGAAUCUCGUGUCUCAGAAUACUCCUACCCCUCCCGCUGUGGAGACUCCAACGCCACGUGUGAUUUCCGAACACAAAACCGCAGAAUGGGUUCAACAGCAUGCUCAGGUCUAUCAUAAAGAAACAGCUCCGGAAUACGAUGUGAAAGAUGUACCUUUUGUAGAAGAAAACAGUACGCCAUGGCCGCCGGAAAAGAAUGAAGAGAAAGAGGUUCGCUGGGAAAAGCAAGAAAUCAAAGAGGAACCUAAAGAGGAAAGAAAACCACCAGUUAUUAAACCUAAAGAAAGCCCCGAACCAGUGAAACCAGCUAAACGACGGUCUAGCGCGGACGAAUCAACAGAUCGUAGCAGUGAACACCAUGAGCAUAAAAAACACGACGAUAAAAAAGUAAAACCUAAACGAGCUCGUAGAUCUAGAUCUCCUUCGAAAUCGAAAUCAAAAUCGAAAUCCGAUUCGAAGAAAAGACGUCACGAUGAAUCUGAACCAGAACCCGUAGUUACUCCUGAAAAACGUGAUAAAACUCCAGAUCCUGUUUCACCGAAGCCUGUUCAGAAAGAAACACCUUCCGCUUCUGUAACUUUCAGUACACCUUCGUUAGCUCCCGAAGAUGUAGAAUUGAUUUCUGAAGAAGAAAUAUCCGAAGCUGAGAACUCGCCGCCUCCAGCAUCUCCUGCUAAUGCAAGUAUGACCGUUAUGGAUAAAGUUAGCAAUGUACCGGCUAGUGAAAAUCUUACACCGUCUGCUCAAGAAGAUAGCUUAGAUAUGGAUCAAUUUGAACCUAUAUUGAGCGGAUCGAGUGAUAUAGAAAGUGAAGAAGAAAUUGAUCUACAGGAUGUGGAAUUCGAUCCGAAUGAUUUAGUUGACGAACCUAGUAAAAUAUUUGAUCCUUUUAUACACGAAGUUCAACCAUUAUUGAGUAUGAAGAGUCCAUGUAUCACAGACUACGAAUGGGGCUUAUUACAACGUAAAAUAUUCGAUCACUCGACAACUCCGCCGAACGGAGCGCAAAUAGAAAAAUUCAAGACGCUUUUAUCCAACAUUCAGUUGAAAAUUGACGACGAUAUUCCGGACGAAUGGGUUACCCUUGUUGAAACGCUGACACCCUUGAUUAAAACUUCACUCAUUUCGAUUGACGAUAGAACAAGUACAUUAUCAGCGUUAACCAGCCUGGUGAACAUAGGAUUGGAUUUCGACAAAGCGUACAACCAAUCGAAACCGGUCUUCAAAGUACGUCAUCUAAAAGCCGGCAUCAAAUUGGCCGAAACAUUAUGCCGUUGCGGCGAAACCAUAGCCGUCGAAUUAAUCAAAGCUACCAAUUUACAUCAUAAACUGCUCGAUCUGUACGAAAAAGAAUACGUCGCUCUUUCUGUAAAAUUAGCCAUACUCAAAGCACUGGAUAUCUCGUUAAACUACGGCACAUCCGUCGAACAAUUCCUAGCCACGUCGAACGAUACCGUAUGCUAUGCAGAAAAUGGCUACCAAAGGCUCGUGAAAGUAUUCCGUAAUACUCGUCUGGCCCGAGUACGAUACUCGUUGAUCAAUAUCUUUCGCAAAUUGCACCUCUACGAGGUACUAGAAAACGUGUACGCGAUUACCGCCGUCGACAGCGACUCGAAACCUAACCGGCCUGGUGCCGAAGAUGUGGAAAAUCUGAGUAUGUUUCUAGAAGAAACACUGCGGUAUUUACGCGAAGCUCCUAUGCUGAUUUGUCAGCCUGUUAGAUUACUUCCUGUAUGUUCGAGGUUCGAGUUCCCUAUAAAUACCGCGGAAGCGAGCGCAGCUGUGUAUUCUUAUUUGCAGUAUUUCCAUUUCAUCGAAUUGAUCGCCACCGCGAUCGCUGUACCCGAGUUCAUCGCGCAUCCAGGAGUUGUAUCUUGUAUUCUAGAAAUACUAGCCGAGUUACUGGAUACGGAAGAGGGAAUGCUAUAUUUGGCUAGUCAAUCUGUGGCUGCGAAUCGCAUUCUCAAGAUGCUAACGUCGACGGCCGAUGAUCAGUACGCUAUUUCGCCUCAGUUAGGACUUCAUAUGGCUCAUACGCUUCACGUUCUCAACUUGGCUGACGGGUUUCAGUACAAAUGGCGAGUAGAACAGACCACCGAUAUAGAUAACAGCCAGUUACUCGAAACGUUAUCUUCGCUGUAUCAUUUAACGUCCACUAUACUGGGCAAACACGCCGUAACGCACGUUCUAAGUCGCGGAGAUCUCAUCAAACCGUUCUUGAAAGCUUUACAGUACAGCCGGAGUAGCGGCAGGGAACGACGAAAGUCUCCAGGUAAAGCGUACAUCCAAGACUUGAUGUGGAUGGUGGUUCGCAGCUCGGAUAACGUCACCUUCUUGGAACGUCACAGAAGCGAUUUAAUAGAAGUAGGCAGCUGGCAAUCGGAUUCGAAUAAUUCAUCGUGGCUUAACCCGAUUCGUAACGAGAGCUGUUUCUCCUACAACGAUAUCACCGAUCUGUGCGAUUAUCUAAAAAAACACACCGAAAAAGCCAUAUUAUAUCCGGGAGAGCUGAUAACCGCCGUUAGACUGCUGAGACAUUUAGCUGUACCGUGUCCUAAAUACGUCGACGAAGAAGAGUGCACCGAGCUAAAGUAUAAAUUCGUCUUGAUACAGUUGUUUUCUCAAGAAGGAUUGACUUAUCUGACGUCCGUAUUGCAUAAAAUAUGUAAUCAUUACGAAAGACCUCACUUACACGCGUGCACUUUGGCCGGAAAAGAAGGAUCAGCCAUGAUAUCUUUGGUCCUUCCUGCAGUGCAACUGAUUCGAGCUCUGGUCGAGUACGUUGUUCGGUGCAGAGACGUCGACUUCAAAGAUCUAACAGCGGUUCCAGCUCUGCUAAAAACAUACUGCCUCAUGUUCUACAUAACGCAGACGUCGUUGAUCCAUUCAGAAGUCGGAGAAACGAUGAAAGAAAUAGUCGAAACUUUGUUAUCGUACACGCAAACCGUAGCCAUCGAGCCUCUGAACGAUUCUAGAUCGUUGAAUAAAAGCGUAUGGACUCUGAUGAUGUCCGAAGUGCUAAAAUACGCGACAAGUUUGCCGGAAACUUUCCUACCGUGUUUAUCACUCAUCUCCGAAUUGUUACCAUUACCAUUUCCAAUCCAAACUAAAACUCCUCUAACCGAAAGUGAAAUAUUGCUAGCGACCAAUUCGCGUAAACUGUGGUCAGCUCAUCUACUCCCUUUGAACGGGCAACUGCAAGAAUUCCUGGUAACUUUAUGUUACAGCAGCUCUCAGCCUUUGUUACAAGUCCUCAAGAGAGUCUGUGUACAGUUAUCUGAUCUAGGACCUCCUUCUGCUCUGGCAGUAAGUCGUAGCGUAUUGACUAGCUUAUGGAAUGAGAUCUCCGGCGGCGAGAAGCUUUCUAGUAGAGCUGUACGAUUACUUAACGUAUUGGCUUGUUUACUAAAUCAUUCGGCGUUGAAAAUGAGCGUUAUACAGAUCACAACAGCGCCUGGUAAAGGAGACGAGAUGUUCGCCGAAUUUUGGACUACUAUUUUAACUUAUUUGGCGACCAAUUGUACGGAUAAUGUGUACCAUGUGCAAGGACAAGAGUAUAUUUUGUCGAUGAUACAGGCUCUGUGCGAUAUAGAAAUAUCUCUGUAUCCUCCUCCUAGUCAGACCGUUUCGGUCGAGACUUAUUUAUCGAAUUCGUUACCUUCGAAGAAUUUAUUCAGAAUGUUGUGCGAAGCUCUAGUUAAACACGUCGAAAACCAAUCGAAUGCAUUUUCAUCGAUCGCCGCUGCUCUAAGAACUUGUAUCACGUUGACCGAAUACGAUUACGGAAUGUAUCGUUUAAAAGUCUGCCUUUCCGAAUACCCUAAUACGCUCUACAACGUUGUACAGAAAUUAGCUCAAGAAUGGAACAAAGAGAACGCCGAUUGUCUCAGUUGUCUUUCAGCUUUACUCGAUUUACUCAAAGAAUGCGCGUCUAGAGAUAUUCCUGUACAGGAGGGGGCCGGAGUUAACUUGAGAACGCUGUCGAUCAGUUGCCAAGAGUUGGCCAAGUUAUUGAAAUGGAGUCAUCAAAAUGGCGUUGAGAGAGAAGCCAGCGAAGAGAAACAUGUUCUGGAGCAGCUCGAUAGUCUUUUGUUGGAAAGCUCAACUCCGGAUACGGUGGAAGAUUUAUUCCAGUCGAUGAGAGCUAACGUGACUACGCUGAUUGGUACGUUGAACGAUGCUCAGAAUACAGAUGGCUCGGAAAAUGCUGCGAUCGAGUUGAUCUUGGAUUUACCGGAGCCGUUGUUGACUCAGUUCCAAUCUAGACCGGUUUUCGUGCUGGGAGAUGUGGAUGAUGAAAGACUUAGUGUGGCGUAUUGGUUAUCGGUGGCUCCGCUAGAUGAUAUCGAUCAAGAUACCGAACAAGUCGUUUGUAAUUUGGAAGAAGUGGUUAGUACGUUUAUUCCUAAUUUCAAUUUGGAAACCGAGUUGGAAAAAUUAGGUCAUAGAGAAGCUGCUCAUCACGAUUUAGCUAAAAAAGAUUCCGCCGAAGCGUCCGAAGAAUUAGAAAAUAAACCUAUACCUACUGUUCUGGCUAUCAAACCAGCUAAACCUCGCACUUUCAUGAGACCUAUCAUAGGUCCUCAUCGCAACGACGCGUUCCGUUCGCGUAUACCGAAUUCAUCUCGUGCACCUUCUCUUCACGUAGAUGAUUUUAUAGCUUUAGAAAAGCACAACCAGCAAGCUGCGUCCACCGGUUACAACCGAAUCACCGGUAAACAUCAGAUUUCCGAUAUCACCGGUAACGUUAGAAAUCGUACGUUGCACUCUUUUCUACAAGAUAGAAACAAUGCUGCAGCUGCUGUUCAUUUUCAUUCGUCGUUCAGACCAGCCAGAGGAGUACUAAAUUCUUGGCAUCCUUUACUAUCGACUAAACCGUCCGGUCGAACGGUGGUGAAAAAUCAACCCUCCGUCAUCCGUCAUCCGACAGGAGCUCCUUUAAUGAUUCGAGGUGCUGAUUUGAUGAGAUUCAGCAUGGCUUUACGUUGGCCUCCUCCGGUGAGACCGGGUCCUCCGCAGCUUAGGCAUCAUCCACCGCCCCAUGCGUCGAUUCUAAGACAUCUAAGACCACCGCCACCUUCGUUCCCUCCUAUUUAGAAAUGUAGUACGAAGAUUGAAGAGUGUAUCUUUUACAAAAAUCUCUAGGUAAUGUAGAUGAACGGAUUGUACAGUAUCGUGUGAUUGUAAGAAUCAUCAAUUUAGCAGAUUUUAAAUAAUAUUGUGCUUUUACGAAAGAUGUACAUAUUGUGACAUCUUGAUACGGCUUGUCCGGCGUUUAUAUGUGAAAUAUUAUCAUCAUCGUGUUAUAAUGUUUUUGUUAGUGUCGUUUUUAUUAUGAUACAUUAUCAAGUUUCAUUGAUGAAAUCGUAUAAUGUUAUUUUAUAAAUUAUUUUUGUUUUCACUUCGAGAUGUUUAAGUUGUAUUUUCCAUUGAUUAUUAAAUCGAUUUUUCAGUCUGAA